CAAUAUUAUGGAUGGAAAAAUUAAGUCGUCGAAAGAGAAACAAUCCUCAUUCCUCAUGAUGGGGGUCCCACGAGAAGACAGAAUAGUGGUUAUUUUAUUACCGUGUGUUAAGUAGUGUAUUAGCUUUUAUUCAUUUUUUUUUAAAGAAAAGUAAAACUAAAUAGCCGACACAAUGAGAUUUCAUUUUAAAAAAAGUAAACAAAAAAAAAAACAACACAGAGAACGUCAUGCACAAGCACACAAAUAUGCUGCUAUCGGUGUCCGAAAGAUAAGUCAACCUACAUGAACUGGGCAGAUAAGAGUGAACUUGGGACUCCUUCUAUAUGUAUUGUGUUGUAAGGAGUCGCCUCGGAUACAUCCAACAAAGUUUUGUUCAUUACGUGAGCGUCCCGUGUUGUUUAAUUGUGAGCGUUGAUUUGAUGUACACUUCUAAUAUUUUUUCAACCAAUUAUGUCUAAAGAAAGUAAUUUCGAUAGAAUGAAGAUUUUAGGGGAAGGAAGUCACAGCGUCGUCUUUGAAGGGGUGUGGGGAGAGACUCGAGUGGCUGUCAAGCGAAUUGAAUUGUUUCACAAAUCAAAUAAUGAUAGAGAAGAAGAAGUAUUGCGGAGACUAAAUCAUCCGAAUAUUGUUAAACUAUUUGAUUCACAGAAUGACGCGGCAUUUCGGUAUUACUUUCUCGAACUGUGCAACGCCUCACUGGACCAAUUAUUCCUAAAAAGUGGGGACCUGCGAAAAUACCAUGGCUCAAUGCCCCCCGCAGAAGACGUUCUCUAUCAAUUGGCUAUUGGACUGGAGUAUAUUCACAAAAUGGGACUAAUCCAUCGAAAUCUAAAUCCCAGGAACGUCCUUAUUUGGAUGGAUUCAACAACCAAAGAAGUCUUGAUGAAAUGGGCUGAUUUCGGAAUUAGUAAACUAAUCAACGAAAGAGGAACUCACUCCAUCAGUGGAUCAAGGGGCAGUGAUAAUUGGUAUGCCCCUGAAAUAAUGAUCAUACAAAUCGAAGAAGAAGAAAAUGGAGAAGAGGAAAUAACACGUCAAAGAGGAACCGUCAAAAGCGACGUCUUUACAGAAGGCCUCAUUUUCGGCUACUACCUUUUAGAUGGUUUCCAUCCUUACGGCUCCCGUUAUGAGAUUCAAAAGAACAUACUUGAAGAUAAGCCAGUCAAUUUGAAAAAAAUUCUCUCCAAAUAUGAGACACUUGGACCCUUAAUUCUGAAAAUGUUGACUAGGAAACCAGAGGAUCGAAUCACUUCAUCUCUUGUCGCAGAACAACUCGAAAAAAUCAAGUUAAAGAAGAAACAAGUCGAUUUGCCUGCAGUGGAUACCAACCCCAGUUUAAAGAAGAUAAAAAAGAUAAAAGUUUACGUUAACGAAGUGUUAGGAUACGGAGGUUAUGGCACAGUUUUUAAAGGUGAGUGGAAGAGAAUUCAGGUGGCUGUUAAACGAAUUGACCUGUUUAAAACCGCAAGCAAUGAUCAAGAAGAAGCAGCUUUGAAAACGUUUGAGCAUCCUAACGUCAUCAAAUUGUUACAUGUUGAGAACGACGAUCAGUUUAGGUACUACGCACUGGAACUUUGCCAAUCAUCAUUAGACAAAUUAUUUCUGAAAAAGAGUAACCCCAAAAAAUAUCUUGGACCAAUGCCCACAGACAUAGAUGUUCUUCUUCAAUUGUCAGAGGGAUUAGCGCACAUUCAUGAAUUGAAUCGAAUCCAUCGGGACAUUAAACCUGAAAACGUGCUCAUAUGGGUGAAUCCAGAAACCAAAGAAGUCUUGAUGAAAUGGGCAGAUUUUGGAUACAGUAAAGCAGUCGACAAAAAUGGGUGGCAUUCCGUAAGUGCAAACAGAGGAACAGAAAAUUGGUAUGCCCCAGAAACAUUGAAGAAAAUAGAAGAAUUAGAAAUAAGCGGAAAAGAUGGAAAAAAUCUUCAAAAAGGAACGACCAAGAGCGAUAUCUUUACAGAAGGUCUCGUCUUUGGGUAUUAUUUGUUAGGUGGUCGCCACCUGUUUGGAACAUCUUCCUUCGUCAGAAACAACAUAAUUGACAAUAACCCUGUCAAUCUAGAAAGCGUUAAGCCAGAAUACGCACGCACAUUAAUCCUGAGAAUGUUGGAGCCCAACAUCGAUAAACGAAUAUCUGCAUUGGAUGUCGCUGAAGAACUCCGAAAGAUAAAAGAAGUUCAACGUAGACAUACUUCAUCUGACUGUGAGCAAAUGUCGAAUGCAACAAAACGCAGAAAAAUUAAUCAGAUCGACGAGUUACAUUAACUACAAAAGAAAGGAAGCUUGACGUUUUCCAAGUAAGAUGUCGGAUGAUAGGCCUACUCAGAAGUACAACACCAUUCAGCGCCACGAAACCUACGAUAACCUCAACUAUACCCGACUAUACCCGAUGAACAGAAGCGUGACCUAGUGCAAGAAGCGCCCAGCCCAGUUUGGAAACUCCUUAACCACAACCGGGGAAAAUCCGUCUUUAAAUGUAUAAAAUGCGUGGAAACAACAAGCACAGAGAAUACUACCUGCCAAAUUAAUACACAUUCAUAUAGUUUGCUGUAGCCUCCUUGAAAUGAAAGGUGAUUCGCCCAA